UAUUGCUGAAGUAAAAAUUUACUCUUAAGUAGAAGUCUUACAAGAUGCUCUAACUUGAAGGAUCAUCUCUCCUCCAAUGUAACAUUGAAAAGUACAAACAAAAUGUUUUGUACAGUAUUAGAAUAUUGUGAUGGACAUGACUUAGACUUUUACCUAAAACAACAUAAGAGUAUUCCAGAAAGGGAAGCACGUUGCAUAAUAAUGCAGGUUGUUCAUGCUCUUAAAUAUUUAAAUGAAAUCAAGCCACCUGUAAUUCAUUAUGAUUUAAAACCAGGGAACAUCUUGUUAGGAAGUGGAACUCUGAGUGGAGAAAUUAAAAUAACUGAUUUUGGUUUAAGUAAAAUAAUGGAUGAUGAAAGUUAUGUACCUGAAAUAGGAAUGGACCUUACCUCUCAAGGUGCUGGAACGUAUUGGUAUUUACCUCCAGAAUGUUUUGUUGUUGGAAAAAAUCCUCCGAAAAUAUCAUCAAAAGUAGAUGUGUGGAGUGUUGGAGUCAUAUUUUACCAGUGCCUAUAUGGUAAAAAGCCAUUUGGCCAUAAUCAGUCUCAAGCUACAAUCCUAGAAGAAAAUACUAUUUUAAAAGCAAAAGAGGUUGAAUUUCCUCCAAAGCCAGUUGUCAGUAAUGAAGCUAAGCAAUUUAUUCGCCGAUGUCUUCAAUAUAGAAAAGAAGAUCGUAUUGAUGUGUUUAGUCUUUCUAGUGAAGACUAUUUAAAACCAAAUUAUCCCAAACACAGUCGACAGUCAAAUGCAGAAAAAUCAUAGCAUUGCAUUUCUAGUGAGAUGAUGCAUUAAAAAUGGACUUCGCUUCUCCCUUAAUGUAUGCAUUUUUCAAGUGUAUAAUGUAAAAACAUUUUUAGACUUUGCCAUGGCAUAUGGAACAAAGUGCAAAUUUGAUUGCCUGGGCAAAUAUAGUGUUAUGUACAGUAAUAUAAAUAUGUUUAUGAAUACAAUCCAGUGUUCCUAGUUUUUUUCACUAAUGGACUGCACUGGCCUGGAACUUUUGCAACGUGUACUAUUUAUAUCAAAUCUUGGUUGUAGUUAAGGCAAGUGCUUCAUGUACAUAUAAGUUGGACUUCCGAGAUGGAUUUGUGAAUUUUAAAGUGAGAUCAUUAUUACGUAGAUGAAAUGUGAUUACAAUAGUGUAAAAAUAUAUGUAGCUUCAUUUAUUUCUUCAAAAAUAAGUAAUAUACUAAUUGAGGUAAAAUUUUCUUGAGAUUGCCAUAUUAAAAAACUACAGGUCAUUUCUUAAUUUUUGUACAUAUGUUGUUUUAAAAGCCAAAAAACUUUUUUUAGCUGCUGUCUUAACAAUGGGCUGUAACUCUGUAAAUAUUUAAACUGCAAUUUUCAUUUGUGGCUAGGCAAAACUCUACAUAUCUCUUUGUUAUGUAAAGAAACUGAAAAUUUUUGUUAUUAAAGGAAGUAGAAAUUGUG